AUGGACGGGGCUUGCUGGCCAAUUAAAAACUCAAGCUCCAAUUUCUCGGAGAACCGGCAAGGACGUGGUGUAGAGGGCAUUGGCUACCACGAGCUGUUGCCGAAACCACAGCUGCGUGGUCUUCUGGCCAAGCGUCUGCGGCUUCAUAUUGUUGGCGCAUUCACUGUGGCCCUGGGAGUUGCCGCUGCCUAUAAGUUUGGCGUGGCUGAACCGAGAAAGGAGGCAUAUGCAGAUUUCUACAGGAAUUAUGAUUCCAUGAAAGAUUUUGAAGAGAUGAGGAAGGCUGCUAUCUUUCAGAGUGCUAAGUGA